GCAACCCUUAAUUGUCCACCAGAUGUCGCUACUUCUUGCCAGGCGGUGUAGCGGGAAAGGCCUUUCAUUCUUCCCCAAACGUCUCCAAGACAUUAAAACCAAUUCGUAAAUGUUUCCUCUUUUCAUUUCUCUCUGACCGUUUGCUAACAAUGUAUAUUUCCGAAAUAUUUAUUACGACUACUCGAGGAGAUAUCCUUAUUCACAAAAAAUACAGAUUUGAUCUGGAUUUUGACCCUAAAGUCAUCUUCCUCAAGAAACUUCGUGCAGUUGGAAAUGAACAUUUGUUACCCCAUUUUAAAGAAGACGAUGUCACAUUUUGCCACAUCAAGCGAAACGGACUUUUUAUCAUGGCUGUAACGACCUGUAACAUGUCUCCUAUCUUUCUUGUGGAGUUCCUUACCAGGUUCUUCCUGAUCUGCAAAGAUUUCUGUGGAGUUGUCAGUGAAGAUGCUAUUCGAGCUAAUGUUCUCCUGAUUUAUGAAAUAUUGAAUGAGAUUUUGGAAUUUGGAUACAUCCAGUUGGCCACAACUGACAAGAUUAAACCAUAUAUCCAGUCAGAUCCAGUCCUUGUUUUAGCUAACAGAUCUCCGGCAGAAGAAAUUGCAUCAAGAUUGUUUUUCCCUCUGUUUCAGUUUGGAAUAGAAACCAGAGUGGCUCCAAGUUCUGCUUCAAGUAAACCUGUUGUUAGAACAGCUGUGGAACAGGAAAACCGAAAAAAUGAAAUUUUUGUGGAUGUAAUUGAGAAAAUGAUUGUUGUCAUUACAAACGAUGGGCUUGUGUCACGUAUGGAUGUCACAGGAAAUAUAAAUGUAAAGAGUUUUUUAAGUGGUAAUCCAGUAAUUAAAUUAGCUGUUAAUGAGGAUCUCACACUUGCUGAACAGGGCAAGCCAAAAGAUUUCAACAGCCAUGUAACCAUGGAGCAAUGCAGUUUCCAUCAAUGUGUUCGCAAAGAAGAAUUCAACACUUCCCGAUGUCUUAUACUCAAUCCUCCCAUUGGUGAGUUUUCUGCUAUGACGUACAGACUGGCAUCGGAUCCUCCUCUAAAGCCGCCAUUUAGAUUACAAGUACAGGAAAAGGAUUUUGACUCGCCCUCCAGGGACACCUGUUUGUCACUCCAGUUACUUAGUCACAUCCCAGAAAACACAGAAGCCGUAAAUAUUGUGUUAAGAAUUCCUGUGCCGGGAACAGUUUCUGGGAUUAGCCAACAGCUAAUUGGACCUGAUCAAACUAUAGAGUUAAAAGCCUCUAAUAAACAAAUUGUAUGGAAUAUAAAAAAGUUUCCUGGUGGUUCUCAUUUAAAUGCCAAUCUCAGAUUGAUCAGCAACAGUGGUGUGAAAACUCGUUUGAAAGACAUCGGACACAUUGUCAUGGAAUUUGAAGCAUCAGGUUACACUUGCUCCGGCAUCCAGAUUCGUUAUUUGCGUGUUUUUGACCGAGACCAAGCUUAUGUGCCAUACCGCUGGAUUCGAUACAUAACAGUCAGCGAUUCAUAUGUUUUUAAACUGUAAUUGUUGUGGGUCACCGACGCAGAUAUUUAUUUCCUCCGAAAGUUUACCUGGAUUUUAAGAGAUGAACAAUUACACCUUCAUUGUCUUUCAUCGAUGCAAGAUUUCUUUUAGAUUAUUGCUCCCUUAGCAAUGGUUUAAGUUGCCACUUUUCUUUUGUUUUUAUUUGUAAUGCCGUCUACCAUGGUUCAUUGAGAAGGUCGACGCUUCUUACUUGCAAUGUCCACAAAAUUAAAAUAAAUUUUGCUUUUACUCUGUAAGGCCUAGCUACGGUUAAAGGAAAUUUUGUCAGCAGGAAUCUAAGUAAUUAAGUCUAAGACUUCAGUAAUGCAACACCAGUGCUAUUAAUUAAUGAAUAAUGGUAAGGCGGCAAUCUGGCUGAAUUGUUAGCAUGCUGGGCAAAAUGCUUUGCAACAUUUUGUCAGUCUUAACGUUCUGAGUUCAAAUUCCACUGAGGUUGACUUUGCCUUUCAUCCUUUCGAGGUUGACAACACAAGUACCAGUUAUGCACUGGGGUCGAUGUAAUCAACUUAUCACCUUCCCAGAAUUGCUGGCCUUGUGCCAAAAUUUGAAAUCAAUAAUUAAUGAAUAACAGUGACUAUCUUUAGAGAAUCGAAGACCCAAAGUUCUAAAAAUUGCCCUUCCUCAUUAGGACCAGAAAAUACACCAGAGCUGGAUAUUUGUUGAUUCUCUACAAAGCUCAAGUGAGACCCAUAAUGAAAUAAAUAUUGCUCCCACGUUUGUAAUGGUGUUGUUAUUACACCCCAAAAGAACCAAGGUUGUAUCCAUAAAAAAGGCCACCUGUCUGAUGAUUUCAGUUCAAGCAUGAGUUCACUCGUUUCUAUUGCUUCAACAAUCAUUUCAAUUCUUCAGAAUUGGUUAAUUGCAUAUCACCUCCUGUCACUCGUUCUGUCUUGCGUGGACCAUUUUCCCCAAUCCUUUGUAUUUCUCUUCCAACUGGAGUUGAUCGACAGGGAUUUAACCCUUUAGCAUUUAAACUGACCAUAACCGGCCCAAAUAUUCUGCUUGUUUUAUAUUUAAACCAGCUAAAACUGGCCUCUCACACUUAUCCUACAAUGUCAUUCAAAAACAAAAUAUAAUCCCAUCAUUGAAAUCUCGAGGCUAUGAGAUUAGGCUGGAUUAAUUCAAAACAAAUGUGAAUAAGUAAACAUUACAUUUGACAAAGUAAUCUGAACGCUAAAGAAUUAAGCUGACCAUCACUGAUGUUGAACCCUUUAGCAUUUGAACUGACCAUAACCGGCCCAAAUAUUCUGCCUGUUUUAUGUUUAAACCAGCCUCUCACAUCUGCCCUUCAU